GUCACGUGUGUACACACAUAGUAGAACUCAGCUCCACUCUGAAAGCAUUGUCAAGUUGUUCGAACGAUCACCUUUACGGGAACUCCAAAGGCUAGUUGACGGGAAAUAAAGAAAAUCCUACGUUGCGCAAACCUAAAACCAUCUAAUUCGAAUUUAAUGGAAAUGGCUACAGUCUUUCACACGCAUUGGAUAACUGGAAUAAUGGAACUUAAAAGGUUACUCUAACCUUUAAACCAAGCACAGGGAAAUGUCAUUGGAAGUUUUGGGAAUCCAACGCCUCUCUGAAUCUCUCGAGGAACCGAAUCCUUGCUUUACAGCUGAACCAGUCACCCUGCAGGAACAGCGCUAUGUGGAGCUGCAUGGUGUACAACGAGACAGAUGACAGUGUGGACCACCAGCUCUGCCAGGACUUUGGCCUCGUUCUGUCCAUCUUCUCCCUCAUCUACCUCGUGGUCUGCUUCCCGGUGGGGCUGUGCUACAAUGCUCUGCUGGUGGUGGUCAACCUCUCCAACAAGGUGUCUAUGACCAUGCCCGACGUCUACUUCGUCAACAUCGCCAUCGCCGGCCUGGUGCUCAACGUGGUGGCCCCGGUCGAGCUGCUGGGGCCCGACUUCACCAAGUGGCCGGUGUGGGAGUACAACAACGAGAUCUACAUCACCCUCCUCAUCCUCUUCAACAUCUCCUCGCUGGUGAUCAUGUAUUCCACCACGCUGCUGAGCCUGGACUACUACAUCGAGCGGGCCCUGCCCCGCACCUACAUGUCCAGUGUCUACAACACCAAGCACGUGUGCGGCUUCAUCUGGGGCGGUGCCGUGCUCACCAGCUUCUCCUCGCUGCUCUUCUACGUCUGCAACCACGUCUCCACCAAGAUCAUCGAGUGCUCCAAGAUGCAGAACAAGGAGGCGGCCGACGCCAUCAUGAUGUUCAUCGGCUACGCCGUGCCCGCCGUGGCCGUCUCCUACGCCUUCGUGCUCAUCCUGCGCAUCCGCAAGGAGACCACCCCCCUGGACCAGGACUCCAGCCGGCUGGACCCAUCCAUCCACCGGCUGCUGCUGGCCUCCGUCUGCGUGCAGUUCGUCCUGUGGACGCCGUACUACAUGACCCUGCUGGUCCACACGCUGGCCGGGGUGCAGGGCAACGCCGCCGACAGGCCCCGCGUCACCGCCUACUACUUCCUGAGGUGCGUGUCCGAGCUGCUGGCCUUCUCCAGCAGCUUCGCCAUGCCUCUGAUGUACCGGCAGAUGAACAAGAACUUCUCCCACAAGCUCCAGAGGCUGCUGAAGAGGCUGCAGUGCGGGGACCAGGGCUGCGCCCAUGCCCACGAGCGCUCCGCGGUGCAGCAGGUCGUCACGUAAAGGCGGGACAUGCCCGCUUGUGCCUCGCGCUUCGCCCCCGGACCCCAACCGCAGAGCCCGCGGGGCAGGCAGACGACACACCCGAGUUCUCACGCGCUAAACGACGGCAGCGCUUUGCCUCUCGAUGAGCGGCAAUUUCUGAGCAAACCAGAAGAACGUCGGCAUUGUUACUGACUGAAUUUCUUGGGUGUCUGUCUUGAGGCGAAAGCUAAGAUGAAACCACUAAGUGCAGUUCUUGGGAUUGCUUAAGCUAUUAUGAUACCUUGAGAAGCAUUAUGCCGUCGUAGGAAUCCUGUUCCUCUUUUAAUAGUAUACACUGAGUAACCCCGUUGAAUUACAGAAGAAGGCCUGCAACCGCAAAAACAAGGCUUUUGCAGGAUGUCCAUUUGCGUGAAAAACACAUGAAAACAUACCUCCACCCCAGGGGCAUUACAUAGGAUUUGAAGUCUACCAAGAACAGCACUGCAGGACCUCAAGAGUAACCAUGGGAUACAGAAAUGGCUGUGGUCACCCACAAGCCUCUAGCUACUUGGAAUUAUAUCGUCUGACAUUCUGCGCAAUUAAUUAUACAGAAUCGUAUAUAUCUGGAAAACACUCUCUUGUUGUGAAACAUGUAGGCCCAUGUUGUUUGCUGCUAAGAGCUUUUCUAGGAGGUAUGAGUGAAGACUACACAGCUGCCUUACAGACUCCCUGGUCACUGAGUGGGCACAUAUACCCUCUCCAAAAUGAAGUUCAUUUUAUUCAUGUUUUUGCAAUAGUACAGUUAAUGAGCAUGAAACUGUCAUGCCGGUAAUAUUUCUUUGGUCUGUUAGAUUGAUUAUAAUACAAAUGGGUGCACCAGAGAACUCAACUGUGGUCAGUAACACUUAUUACAUGAAUAGAAUAUAUAUAAGCAGUACAAAUAUUAUCUUAAAUGAGGAACCGGCUAAUUAAGAGGAUAAAUGCAUGCAGUUAUGUACAGCACAACACGAAAUCCGAAAAGUCCAUCUUGUUCUCAGCUGCAAUACAGACGUGCGUGUCAUUUCAGGACAGAAGCCUGGCAUUAGAACUGCCAAAUCAAUAUUGGUUUUAAUCAAAAGUCAAACAGGGUAAGAUACUGAACCGAGUUAAUCAUUGUUUCAUCACAAAGCAUUUUUGAGCUACUGAAGAAUAUUGUGCUGUCAGGGUAUAAACAGGGUUAGGCAUACGAGCCUUACCAUUACACAACUGAAAUGCAGAUGGUAAGGGAAAGUGAAUGCUACUAUAGUGCCCCGAUACUGAUCUUUGAACCAACAAGAGCAAUGCAUUCCUGUGAAAAGGUGUUGUUCAAUUAUUCACGGAAAUUCAUCGAAAGGAUUCACUGAUGCGACUAUGUUAAACACCUUUACUAUGUUAGCGGGAUCAUAUGUCAGUUCUCCUGUAAGGUUUUAAAGUAUUACUGAGUGUGUGCUUUGGAUCCUCAUAACAGUCAUAUCUGAAUAUAGGUCAAAUUUGAAAUUUCAAACUUGAAAUUUGAAAUUUGACACAACCCUGUGUGACCAACUAGCCUGAGGAAAUAACAUAUUCACAGAAAUAAAAGUUAGUGUAUAUACAAAAUAUAGUGUAUCUUAGUCCAAAUUCGGUUACACGCAAAAGUCUGUUUGCAUGCAUGUUCCAGAAAGAAACGCGGCAGUCCGCAUGAGUAUGAGGACAUUAAACAGCCAGUUCCACAACAAAUCAGUUGCAGCUGAAGAGAAAAUCUAUUUCUUUGGGUCCCAGCAUGACUGAUAACAAAUGUUCAUCAUUAUAUGAGCCAAUGUAAUACAUAUUUGUACUAAACGGAGUAUAUUUUGGAGGGAAAAAAAAAGUACUGUAUGUGUGUAAAAAUGAAAAUUGUUUCAUCCCACGUAUGUCAGCAAAAGUUAAGAGUAUUUAAUUUUAUGAAGAUAUUUAGACCUUUUAAGGUCAAAGAAAAUGUAAAUGUAAUUAUAUGUAAAUCAUUUUGUUUUGUGUGUGUACAUAUAUACAGUACAUAUAGAAUAUAUUUUAUAUAUAUAUAUAUACACACACAUACACACAUAGGUCUGUAUAUAUUGUACUUUUAGAGACUUCCAGUGAACCAGUGCCCUUUCAUAAAUGUUACUUUCUCUGAGAUAUAUUUAGAUGUUUAAGUGUUAACUUGCUCUACUGUCAGACUGUACAUCAGUUAACUAAUCAAAAUAUUGACCACCACAGCCACCUCUGCAUAUUCUUUCCACUGACUAGUUUCUUGAGUACAUACUGUUCCCCACCCCCCAUCCCCAAAAAAGAGGUUGUAUGCACUUCCUUGUACAUUAAAAGUUACUUUGACAAUACUUGCCAGUCACUUAAUAAAUCAAUUUACAGUUUACCAAAGAAUGUGGGUUAAUUGUAUGUUGAAUUUCAAAUUAAUGGCAAACGUGUGGGGCAAGGCCAUAUAAACAGUGUUCACAUAAGGGCUGAGAAACCACAUUAAGCUUUCUUAUGCAACAUAAUUAGGUAUGGUUGCCCAAUGUACAAAGAUGAAGAAACCACAUUGUCCAAGCUGCUGCACUUUUUCCAUCCCACCAUGCAGGCAGGGUAGUGGCAGUUGAUAGUUCCUGGGUCGCAUGUGGAAAACAGGGGUACCCCAUCUAUUGUUGGAGUAAAUCCCUUUGAUGUACAGGCUUUCAUCUCAGACAAUGACCCAACAGGAUUUGUGAAAGUUUAUGAGGCAUUGUGUUUGUAUAUUACAGUAUAAAGCAGCCACAGAACCCUUGCUCCACUUUUAUAUGAAAGCGAGUGUGUUAAAGGAGGUCAUCUGUGCUAGUAGUUAUACUCCAGCUACAGUUGGAUCCAGUGUUUUUGGCACCCUUGAUAAAUAUGCACAAGAAAUACUGUAAACUAAAAAAUAAUAGUUAUUGACAUAAGCUUUACUUUCCAACAUGUCUAAUGCAGUGUGCUUUAUUAAUGAUUCAAUGGCAUCAAAAAAAAAAAAUUCCCCAAAAAUAGGUUCCACAAUUAUUGGCACCCCUAGUUUUAAUACUUUGUGCAAACACCGGCAUAUGUGACAGUAGGUAUGAGAUGCUUCUGCUUGUAUGCAUUCCAUUUUGCUGCCAAACAUGUUGAUGGUGUGUUUAGCCAACACGUCAAAUUUCCAUAGCACUUUCUUCCAGUCAUAAUUCCAAUGACGUUUGACAAACUCAAGAUGCUUGGUUUUGUUUAUUGUGCUCAUUAAGGGCUGUCUUUGAGCAACCCUUCCAAAGAGUUUGUCGGAGGUGCCUUUUUUUUUUUUUUUUUUUUUUUGACUGGGACCCCAAGACACAGCCAAUCUCUGCAAUUCUUGGGUUACUUAUAACCUCCCUCACCAUCUUCCUCUCCGUCCGUGGGGAUAAUACGCACUUGCAUCCUCCUCCUGCCAUGUUUGCAACCACUCCAUAGGUUUUAUGCCUUUUUAUUACUGCAUUUACAGUGCUAAGAAGCAUCAAUUGUACAGCGCUUUGGAUAAAGGCGCUAUAUAAAUGCCAACCAUUUACCAUUUACUUACAGUGCCAAGUGGUAUGUUUAACCGUUUAUAUGUCGUUUUUGUACCCAUUACCAUCUGUGUCUGAAUUGACAGUUCUUUGGCUUUUCCCAUGCUGAUGGUUGACAAAGGGAUUUUGCAUGCUUGUCACUUCAUUUCUAUACUCUGGUGAAAAAGGAAUGACAAUGACAUGGAAUGACACAAUAUUGUUCCUUUAGACUGAGAUUAACUAAAUUAUGUAAAAUAGUAUUUCACUUGGUUUGAGUUUAUUUACAAUAAUUGUUAGGGGUGUAAAUUUUGGCACCUGUGGGUCUCAGAAAAAAUUUGAUUUCUAACUAAAAAACACGAAAUUGAAUUUUUUUUUCCAAAACAAAUAAUAAAUGUAUUGAAAUAAAA